CCAUUGGCGCAUCUUUGGGUGCGUUCCACUUAACGCCCGCAACGCUCAUGAGCGUUGCUUAUCCUUGUUUAAUAUUUGAUAACCAACAAGGAUGAAAUGAUUCCACGGUCGUUGCGAGCUUUAAGUGGAACGCACCCUUUGAUUAUAGGUCUUUACUUACUACAUAUCAUUCUAUCCCAUAGAAGAUGCGGACAGCUCCGCUCACAGAAGGUUGACUCUAUAUUAUAUAUCUCUAUGGUACAGCAGUACAGCUACCAAGAACAAACCUAAUGUAUUUGGCAGCAUAUCAAAAAAUGAACCGAAUCAGUAAUCUCAUUGGCUACAGGAGACAAUUACGGAGUUGCGGCCAUGUUUCAGCGUAUGCGACACUGUGCAUACAUACGUAGGUAGAAUCCUGAAGUCUAAACACAUACUCCGUGAUGUAAAAGAGCUUGACGAUAUAUUGCUUGCGCGUCCAAGUUGAAAAGUUUCUUAACCUUUAUAAAUUCAAUGCGAAUAUUUAAAGGUGAUAUUGUCACCUCUUGAAAGGUGUGACAUAUUAUACAAAUUGCUCUCUGUAUGGAAUGGAAAGAAAGCUAAUGUAAAAAUAGAGGUUAAUCUUAAUAGUCAAACGAUCAAAAAUGCCAGGUUGCGCAGCUGUUGGAUGCAAUAAUCGCAGCGAAAAAGGGUAUAUCAUGAAAUGUUUUCCUCGUGAUCCAAAAUUAAGAAAAAUCUGGCAGGAUCGUGUUGCUAGAGCCGACUGGGAACCAUCUAACAAUUCCUUUUUGUGUCAUGUGCAUUUUGAACCUGAAGAAUGGUCUAUAACCCAAAAUGGGAGGAUCAGACUGAGGAAGGAUGCUGUUCCAUCUAUUUUUACUGUAACAUCAACAAGAAAAUCCGCUAAAAAGCGUAUUAAGCUAACAAAUGUUAAGAAUGAAAAUGAAUGUGAAAACGAUUAUAUGACAGAAUCUUUAGAAAAUGACACCGAAUAUUCGUCAAUCGGCCAUUUGGAAGAAAAGGAUUCUGAUUCGCAGGAUGUCGACAAUCCAACUGUGUGGUCACUCGUAUAUGAGCCAGUAAAUCAAUUUCCAAAAAAGAUGGAAAGUAAACAAGCCACCCGUGCACAUUACAUAGAUAUUACGAAUGAUCUUCAACAGGAAAAUAUUAUUAUAAUUUCAGAUGAUAAUAGUAUGAAGAUAGAGAAUAAUAUUAAAGAGAAUGACAUACUUGAAAAGCAGGUGAGUGCAAAUAGUAAGAAACUUGUCAGUAAUUUUAUAGCGAAAAGAAAUUCACCUGGUAACCAAAAUGAGAAUGUCACUGUAAAGACGGAAAUAAAACUAGAUGUUGAUCAAAUCUUUGACAAUAGUUACGAUGAAAUAGAGGAGAAGUUAAAACAAAUUUGUGAUGGUGAAGGGAAUAAUAUGGAGAAAUUGAAUUCAGUUUCUAAAAAUUGGAAAGAACCUUGUGAGAAAUUGUUAACACAAAUACCAAUUAACCAAAGUAUGAAUUAUAAAUACCCAUCAAGGAAUGAAAUUGGAAAUAUAUUUAUCGACAAUAGAGAUAAUAUUGAAACCAUCUUUGGUAGUGAAAGCGGAGAAGAAUUUGCACGCGUUCCUAAGUAUACAUUUCAUGACAUUGGAACUAGUGAAAUUGAUAAAUGGGAUCAACAUACAUCAAAUAUCGAUAGUAUUACUAACGAGAUUGAUGAAACUUUUUCUGAACAUGUAGAAGAAACCUUUAGCGGAGAAGAUAUACACAUUGCGUCAAACAUGAGAACUGCUGUAAAGUGUAAACGGAAAAUUCGAGAGAAAGUUAUGAAAUCUAUAAAGAGAUCAGUUCAAAAUGGAUCCUCUUUCCAGGAUACAAAUUCUAUAAGUAAUAGUGAUGCCUCGUACAUCAUGGAAGUGGAAAAUAAAGUAAAAAAAGAACUGAAUAUAUCUGAAAUUACGCGAUGUAAUAACAAUGGCAUCACUAAUAUCAUUACAUCAGAUACGAAAUAUGUAGUUAAAGUGACAGGCGAUCGUGAGGAUGUAUUUGAUAUUAUGCAAGAUUUGUUUAAAGAUACGAAAGAUUUUACUAUUCAAGAACACAAUACUUGUUUUCAGCAAGAAAAUAAUGUUACAUCUAUUAUAACGAUAGACGAUUGUCCAAUGGAAACAGAUUCUACAGAUAAAUGCAGUAUUGAUGAUAUCUUUUCAUCGAGUAUUACAAGUAUUGCAUCGAAUAGCGAUAAUCAAGUAUCAUUUAUCUUGCCAACUUUAAAAAAUGAAUGCCUGACUGCAAGAUUAUCGGAUAUGGACAUGGAGGAAGAGAAGAAUUUAGAUGUCAAUAAUGGCAUCAUUAACAACAUUAUUGAACAAUCGACGAAUAAUGAUACUAAUAAAUGUGAAUAUGAGAAGUUACAACAAAAAGUGAAACUGCAAGAAGUUGUUAUCAGACAACUAACUAAUCAACUUAUUUUGCUUAAGGAUUUGGAGAAAAAAGUGCAAGAUAAAAAUGUGGUGCUUAAAGAAAGGACGAAAAAAAUAGAAAAGAAAAUGAAUGAAUUGAAUAAAAGCAUGGAUGGUACAUCAUCUUCGACUAGUUGCAAACAAACGGAUAUGAAACAAAGGUUGAUAUAUGAAUUAUCUAGUAGAAUGAAUAAUCUUGAAGAGAUGAAUAAAAAAUUAAUGAAGACUAUAACAAUAGAAUGCCAAGAAAAGAGACAACUAGAAAAUCAAGUUAAGCAGAGAGAUAAGCAAAUAAAAGAGCUUAACUGGAAAUUGGAGAAGGCCUCAAAAUUUCUUGAGCGAGCGGAGAAGAAUACAAAUACGUAUAAGAGAAAGAUGUUGAAUAUGCAAACUUUUAUAAGAAGAAAGAAGCUCUUAGAUGAAAAUACAAGUAGAUUUCACGAAGUAAUGAUAGACAGUAUAAAAGAAAAUUAUUCUGAAAAAGUUCUGGCAAUGGCAACAGAAAUUCAAGAAAUCUGUGGCACAAAUGGAUACAAAAAGUUGUUAAAUUAUGGUUUUCCGCUUCCAGCGUUAUCAGUCUUGCAAAUUUCCCUAAGCAAUGAUAUCUCAGAGUCUAGUAAAAGUAAUGAUAAAAUUCAGCGAGCGAUAACUUUAAAACAAAAUAUAAACGAGAAAUGUGAUACUCAGCUUAUGGAAAAUGACGUAGAAGUUGAUGUAAAGAGUGCGGAAAAUACAAUGUCGCUUUGCGAAGAAAUUACAAUGGACGAUACGGAAACUGUAACAGGUACAGUUCAAGAUAUCUUUGAAGAAAGUAACGACGACGUGGAUGAUUUCAGUACAAAUGAAUUGAGUGAACAUUUUAUUUUACAAUUGAACGAAGUUAUGUAAUGAUGUGCAUACUUGUAAAACAUGUAAUCUCUUUUAUCUUUGAAUAUGUAUAAUAAUAAUAAUAAUAAUAAUAAUAAUAAUAAUAAUAAUAAUAAUAAUAAUAAUAAUAAUAAUAAUAGUGAUGAUGAUGAUGAUAAUAAUAAUAAUAGUAAACAAAAAAUAUGAUGGAUAAACAUUGUAAAAUAAUUAUCAACUAUAAAAUAUUCAAGUAUAUUGAUACUAUUUAUUGUUGAUACUAUUAAUGAUAUCUUACGCAUUGUAGUUCUAAAUAUUAUCUCAGGAUAUAACUUAGUGUAUGUACAAACACAUGUACAGAUAAUUUUAGAAGUGAUUAAUUGUACUUUUGACACAAAACUUUUAUUUUCUUCUAAAUGACAAGUUGUUAUAUUAAAUUGUUAUUUACAAA